AUGAGCGCGGCUGAGGAUGCCGAGUGGCUGCGGCGGGUGAGGAAGCAGUUUGGGAACAUCGCGGGGGAGCACAAAGAAAUCAACUUGGAAGAAUUCAAAAGUGCUCUGCAAGUGAAGGAGUCCUUCUUCGCCGAGAGGUUCUUCGCGCUCUUCGACUCGGACGGGAGCGGGACCAUUAGUCUGGAGGAGCUGCUGAAAGCCCUGAGCCUGCUCGUGCACGGGAGCCAGACGGACAAGCUGAGAUUCCUCUUCCAGGUUUACGACGUGGAUGGUAAGAUGAUGAAAAACAGGUUAAUUUGGGAGGUGAUUUCUGCAUCAAAGGUGCAAGGUGAAGGUAGAACCGUGGGGUUGUCGGGGUGCGGCAGCGCGUGGGGGGUCCCUGCCGUGACCCGCUGCGGCGCCCGCUCGCCCCGCGCAGGCAGCGGCUGCAUCGACCCCGACGAGCUGCGCCUGGUGCUGCGGUGGUGCCUGCGGGAGAGCGCCAUAGCCCUGCCCGAGGAGCGGCUGGCAGACCUCACCUGGGCACUCUUCGAGGCCGCCGACAAGGACCACAGCGGCUCCAUCACCUUCGAGGAGCUCCGGGAGGAGCUGGAGGGUUUCCCAGAGGUCAUGGAGAACUUGACCAUCAGUGCAGCGAGCUGGCUGAAGCCCCCGCCGCCCACGGAGAGGAGCUGCCGGCCGCGCUACCUGACCCGGGCGUACUGGCACAACCACCGCGGCAAGCUCGCCUUCCUGGGGGGCUACAUCAGCCUCAACCUCCUGCUCUUCGCCCUGGCUGCCCUGCGGCACGCCGGCCUCGGCGGGUGGCUGGUGGUGGCCCGGGGCUGCGGGCAGUGCCUGAACUUCAACUGCUCCUUCCUCGCAGUGCUGAUGCUGCGGAGGUGCCUGACCUGGCUGCGAGCUACCCCCAUCGCCAAGGUUUUGCCACUGGACCAGCACGUCGUUUUCCACCAGCUGGUGGGGUAUGUGGUGCUGGCGCUGGCAGCCGUUCACACGGGCGCCCACGUCGCCAACUUCAGCAGGCUGGCGCGGCAGGACGGGCGCCAUGCCCUCGCCGAGUACCUGCUGUCGGCACGGCCCGGCGCGGGCGGCCUGGGCGGCACGGCCUCGCAGACGGGGCUGGCGCUGCAGGGGCUGCUGGCCGCCAUGCUCGCCUUCUCCAGCCCCUGCAUUCGACGGAGCGGCCACUUUGAGGUCUUCUACUGGACCCACCUCUCCUACAUCUCCGUCUGGACCCUCCUCAUCCUCCACGGCCCCCAUUUCUGGAAGUGGUUUGCGGUUCCCGGCUGCCUCUUUGCGCUGGAGAAGGUGGCGGGCUUGGCUUGGCGGCGCGCUGGGGGGCUGCGCAUCGUGGAGGUCAACCUGCUCCCCUCCAAGGUGACUCACCUUGUGAUCGAGAGACCGCAGUUUUUCCGCUACGAGCCCGGAGACUAUGUCUACCUGAACAUCCCGGCCAUCGCCACCUACGAGUGGCACCCCUUCACCAUCAGCAGCGCUCCCGAGCAGCAAGAGACCCUCUGGCUGCACAUCAGGUCGCUGGGCCAGUGGACCAACAAGCUGUACGAAUACUUCCAGCAGCCCGAGUUGCCCAGCCCGGAGCCAAAACCGCUCAGCAGGAGCCUGAGGGAGAAGAGAUGCCGGCGCUGGGCGCAGGUGUCCACGGGGCUGGGUGAGACCCAUCGGCUCUGCAGCAUCAAGUGCUACAUCGACGGCCCCUACGGGACCCCGACGCGGAGGAUCUUCACCUCGGAGCACGCCGUGCUCAUCGGCGCAGGCAUCGGCAUCACCCCCUUCGCCUCCAUUCUGCAGAGCAUCAUGUACAGGUACCGCCGGCGAAAGCAGAGCUGCCCCAGCUGCCAUUACUCGUGGUGCGAGGACCUGCGGGACGAGGAGAUGACGCUCAGGAAGGUCGACUUUAUCUGGAUAAAUCGGGACCAGAAGCACUUUGAGUGGUUCGUCAGCCUGCUAACCAAGCUGGAAAUGGAGCAGGCUGAGCAAGAGCCGGGAGAGCCGUUUUUGGAGAUGCACAUGUACAUGACGUCGGCGCUCAGCAAGAAUGACAUGAAGGCGAUCGGGCUGCAGAUGGCCCUGGACCUGCUGGCCGCCAAGGAGCAGAGGGACUCCAUCACGGGGCUGCGGACCAGGACCCAGCCCGGCCGCCCCGACUGGAGCAAGGUGUUUGGGAAGGUGGCGGAGGAGAAGAAAGGGAAAGUCCAGGUCUUCUUCUGUGGCUCGCCAGCGCUUGCCAAAGUCAUCAGGGCACACUGCGAGCACUUCGGCUUCCGCUUCUUCAAAGAAAACUUCUAACCGCUGGCCCUCGCCUCCCUGCCUGCC